ACAACAGUUUAACCUGAGCCCUCUGAGUGUGGUUAGUCUAGACAGCUUUGCUUUGCUUUGAAUCUUUUAAUCCUUUCUGCAAUCGUGGAUUUUAAGGGUUCGCUCUUUGAGGACAGUGGUUUAAUGGAGCUGGACUGCUGCCAGGUUCCUUGGCUUUAAGACCUCCUGGCCUGAGAUAGUCGACUAUCCUUCACCUUUGGAUUCUCACCACCAGUCAUCUGCAGGUGACAGCUAUAAGUAAGCAACGCCUAGCAGCCCCUUUGCCUCAGUCAGCAGACAGGAUACGGUGUACGUGCCGCAUGUGGAGGCCGAGGUGAAGGGAGAGCAGCAGCAGCCAUGGGUGCAGAGAAAAUGGAAAUGGAGGGUCCAGAUUCUGCCCUCAUGGGGACAGCUAAGAAGCCGACCUCCAAGCCUCACAACAAGUAUGAGAGACUGUACCAGCCGUGCCUGGCGGAAAUGGUGGGGACCAUGUUCUUUGUGUUCAUCGGCUGCGUUUCCGUCAUUGAGAACGAGCCGGCGACUGGACGGCUGCAGCCGGCGCUGGUGCACGGCCUGGCUGUGGCCGUGCUGGUGGCCGUCAUGGACAGCAUCAGCGGCUCCCACUUCAACCCUCCCUUCACUAUUGCUAUCUACCUGUGUGGAGGCAUGGAGCUGGUGAUGGUGGGGCCCUACCUGAUAUGCCAGCUGAUUGGAGGAGUCCUUGGAGCAGGAAUGGCCAAGCUGAUGACCAGCGCUGAGCGCUUCACCAACGCCACAGGAGCAGCUUUUGACGUCCUCAAGGCAGACAGCCAGCUGUACAGGGCUCUGUUCGCAGAGGUGGCCAUGACCUGCCUGGUGACCAUGGUGGUGCUGAUGGCGGCAGUCAACAGCCGGACCAAGACACCGCUCGCCCCCUUUCUAGUGGGCUGCACUGUCAUCGUCAACAUCCUGGCAGGAGCGGACGUAUCGGGAACUUGUCUGAAUCCUGCCAGGGCGUUCGGUCCAGCCGUGAUGAGCAACUACUGGACCUACCACUGGGUGUACUGGGUGGGCCCCGUCGGGGGGGCAGUAGUGGCCGCAGCCUUGGUCAGGCUCAUCCUGGGAGAUAAUAAGUUACGAGUUGUUAUGAAAUCAUAAUUACAGUUUAUUGUCAUGGAGGUGACGCUGAAGCUGUAAACAUUAUCACUGCAUACCUUUGACUCAUAAAAUGUUUUAUGUUCUAUUUGGAGAAGACUUUUCCGUUUCAUGCUGACUUCUUUUACGUGUAAUAAAAACAGAAGUUAAAGUU